CUAAACUUUUCUCAGUGUUUGUCCCGGGAGUUCCGCAGACAGCUGGAAGCGGGACCUUCACCCCGGAGCUGCCCAUAGCAUGGUCCUUCCAUCCUGAUCCCUGCACACCCCCCUCCUAGUCCCUAUUCUUUUGCUGUCUUCAGAGCAGCUUUCAAGGAAUUUGGACAAAGGGAGAGCCAUGAUCCCACCUCCCUCCACUGACUUUAUCUAGGAAUGUGAGGUGACCUGAGGGUGACCUUGCUGGGAGUCCCUGAGUGGCAUAAUCUAGAAGGAGGGAAGGGAGGAGGAGGGGGGGGAUCUGUAGUCCUGUAGUCUGGGACUUGAUCAGCCAUAGUGAUCACAGAGGGAGGGGGGAAGACAAGGCUGAGAUCUGCCGGAAAUGUCUGCACAUUGCUGACUGCAGACACAGACAGGGGGACAAUGCAGCUGGGUGACAGCUCUGGACACACUCGGGGGACCGUCUGCUCCUAGGAUCCCGAAUCGGGCGACUCGCUGCUCUUCUGCAAUAAACUUCCCCCAACUCCGCUCUUCUCCUCCAUCCAGGAUCGUUACAAUGGGGCUGCCGACUCUGGAGUUCAGCGAUUCCUACCUGGACAGUCCCGACUUCAGGGAAAGGCUGAAAUGUCAUGAGAUUGAGCUGGACCGGACCAACAAGUUUAUUAAAGAGCUGAUCAAGGAUGGGAACAUGCUGGUCGGGGCGCUGAGAAAUCUAUCAAUGGCCGUUCAGAAAUUCUCUCAUUCCCUGCAAGACUUCCAAUUUGAAUGCAUUGGAGAUGCAGAGACAGACGAUGAAAUUAACAUUGCUCAGUCUCUGAAAGAGUUUGCCCGCCUGCUCAUUACGGUGGAGGAAGAAAGGAGAAGAUUGAUCCAGAAUGCUAAUGAUGUCCUGAUAUCACCACUUGAAACGUUUCGCAAGGAGCAGAUUGGGGCAGCCAAAGAAGGAAAGAAGAAGUUUGACAAAGAGAGUGAGAAAUAUUAUUCCAUCUUAGAGAAACACUUGAAUUUGUCAUCAAAGAAGAAAGAGGCGCAUUUACAAGAGGCUGACUCCCUAAUUGACAGAGAGCACCAGAACUUCUACAAUGCUUCCCUGGAGUAUAUCUUUAAAGUGCAAGAGGUACAAGAAAAGAAGAAAUUUGAAUUUGUUGAGCCUCUUCUGGCGUUCCUCCAGGGUCUCUUUACCUUCUAUCAUGAGGGAUACGAGCUGGCCAGAGAAUUUACACCGUACAAAGAGCAGCUGCAAUUCAAUUUGCAAAACACAAGGAAUAACUUUGAAAGCACUCGGCAGGAAAUGGAUCGACUAUUGCAAAGGAUGAAAGCUGCAGACCAAGAAUACCGACCCCCCAGUCAGCGGACAAUGGAAGGAUAUUUAUACGUCCAGGAAAAAAGGCCUCUUGGAUUUACAUGGACACGGCAUUACUGUACUUAUGACAAAAGCAGCAAAACAUUUACUAUGAGUGUAUCAGAAAUCAAAUCAGGAGGGAAAGCGAAUGGACUGGUCUCCAGCGCUCCAGAGAUGUUCAAGCUGAAGUUGUGCAUACGACGGAAGACAGACUCUAUAGACAAGCGGUUUUGCUUUGACAUAGAAGUUAUAGAAAGACCGGGGAUUAUUACACUUCAGGCUUUGUCUGAGGCCAACAGAAAACAAUGGCUUGAAGCAAUGGAUGGAAAAGAGCCAAUUUACACACUUCCAGCAAUUAUAAGCAAAAAAGAAGAAAUGUUCCUAAAUGAAGCUGGCUUCAACUUUGUGAAGAAAUGUAUUGAUUCUGUGGAGAUACGAGGUAUCACUAUUUUGGGACUCUACAGAAUUGGAGGUGUGAACUCUAAAGUUCAGAAGCUGAUGAAUACAGUUUUCUCUCCUAAAGCACCUCCUGAUAUGGAUCUUGAUUUAGAGCUAUGGGACAAUAAAACAAUAACCAGCGCUCUGAAAAACUACCUCAGAUGUCUAACUGAACCUCUCAUGACGUACAAAUUACACAAGGAUUUUAUUCUUGCAGUCAAAUCGGAUGACCAGAACUACAGAGUUCAAGCAGUUCACGCCUUGGUUCACAAACUGCCCGAGAAAAACCGAGAGAUGUUGGACAUCCUAAUCAAGCAUCUUGUCAAGGUUUCACUGCAUAGCCAACAGAAUCUUAUGACUGUUUCUAACCUGGGGGUGAUCUUUGGGCCGACCCUGAUGAGAGCGCAAGAAGAAACCGUAGCGGCUAUGAUGAAUAUCAAGUUCCAGAAUAUUGUGGUGGAAAUUUUAAUAGAGCAUUAUGAAAAGGUCUUUCACACAGCUCCGGACCCCAAUGUUCCUCUCCCCCAGGCACAACAACGUUCAAUCUCCAGGAGAACCAGAGCCAUUUGUCUUUCCACUGGACCAAAAAAGCCCAAGGGGAGAUAUACGCCGUGUCUGGCUGAUCAAGACAGUGACUCUUAUAGUAGCAGUCCAACCAGCACUCCAAUGGGCAGCGUUGAAUCACUGUCUUCCCAUUCCUCAGAACUGAAUGUAAAUUCAAGGUCAGCUUCUUCGCCUCAAAGAGACAAGAAAGGGGGUGGCAUCCCAUGGGUGACCUCCACUCCUUCCUCUAAUGGCCAGAAAAGCUCUAGCCUUUGGACCACAAGCCCCGAGUCGAGCUCUAAAGAGGAUGCCUCAAAAACCGACGUAGAGUCAGAUUGUCAUAGUGUGUCUUCUGUGACCAGCCCUGGUAAUGUUUCUCCACCGAUUGACAUCAACAAGAAAGGACAUUAUGAGCUUUCUGGACUCAAGCGCUCUGCGGCCUCAUCACUUCGCUCCUUACCUUCCACAGAAGGUAUUAAGAGCAGAAGUCCAUCUACUCAGAGCCUAACAUCCGUAGAGCUAAAAGACAUUGGAUUUCCAGAAUUACCGCCAAAGGUGAUGAGACGAAGGUUGGACACCAGCUCCAGUAAUGGCUACCAGAGGCCAGGAUCAGUAGUGGCAGCCAGAGCACAGCUCUUUGAAAGUGCGGGGUCACUGAAACAGGCCACAAUCGGGCGGCAAGCAAAAGCAAUGUACUCAUGUAAAGCAGAACACAGCCAUGAGCUCUCCUUCCCCCAGGGGGCGAUAUUCUCCAACGUGCACAGAUCUGUGGAGCCAGGCUGGUUAAAGGCGACCUACGAGGGCAAAACCGGAUUAGUUCCAGAGAAUUAUGUUGUCUACCUCUGAUGUUAGUGGAUAGCCAUAUUUUCAUGGUAUCCAUGGUGACAAAUAAGAAGCAAAUAUAGCGAAGAGCCAGAUGAAGGAGAACGUAGGCUUUUGUAGGCCUCUUUGGUUGAAGGAUGCUUUGGAAGGGUGGUCCACCAAGACUUGUUAAAAAAAGACCUUACUUUUACAUAGAUACUGUAUACAAUCAUAUGGUCAUGUUCCUACGUAUGUGUUCAAACGUGACCAGAAGCUUAAGAGAUUCGGUACUUAAUUCAGGGUGGAAUUGCACUGAUCCCAUUAUCCGGUACCUGACCCACUCAGAUGUUGUCCUUUGAAUGAAAUGGAUUGUUUGGGUAGAUUGUUGACCUAAGUGCAUAUUCUUUGCAUUAGUAAUUUACUUUUUUAAUAACUAUAUUUUAUCUUCACGUUGUAUGUACAAGUGGGUAUUUAAAUGUGAUUUAAUUUGCCAACAAAUCACUAACUUUGCCCUCCAUGAAGGCUAUAGGUAUUGAUGUGUAUGAGAUUUAAUUUUAUUGCAAAUGUCUUGUCUCUCUGUAGAAGAUUCCAUGACCAGUUAUGUUUUCUGCAAAUUAUAUAUACCGGCACAUGUCACAGACUAUACCUUGGUUUUCUAAUAUGCAAAUAGUGACCGCUUUUGUGGUUGCUGGCUCAGGCCCGUCCACUCCAGUGACUUACUACUGGGGCAUUAUUGUAAUGGGCAGCCUCAUCAAAUCAGUAUAUGAGGAGCAGAACAGGGCUAAAGUCUGAACGAAAUGCUAUCAUUUUCCUAUGCCUUCUAUACCUUCUAUAAUUCGCAUGUCUACAUUAUACCCAGAGGUUUAGCCAGUCCACCUGAAUAAGUAAGCAUGUGUGCCAGUUAAGACCAGAACCAUAGAACAAAUGGCCCUAGCGCUGAAGGGCUUAAAAGGCCUACAUACACACCCCAUAUCACAGACUUAGCUAUCUGGUAUAGUGUGUGUGAGAUAACACCAAGGGAACAGAUAUACUUCUGUCACCAGUUUUUAAAUAUUAUAUACAGUGUGGUGGAACGUUGGCUGUAUGCAGAGCACAUAGCCAAAUCUCCUAUUUCCUGUGCUAAAUAAGCACACAUUUCGUCUUAAUGAUAUAAUGCAUCUCACCUUUCAUUCGAUUCCCCAUACAUCACCGCCAUGCUAUGUUCUUAGCUCCUCAGCAUCUCUGGCUGGGAGUCCUCUGUGACGCUGUUUUUAUUAUCACCAUCACAAAAGAAGUUACCAACAGGAAGUGAUGUCACAGCAUGUCACCUUUACACAGGAAUAUGACCAUAUAAGGACAUCCCUUUAACAGGAUGUCCAAUAGAAUACAAUAGAAUACAAAACAAUACAAUACAAUUAAUGGAUUCUGAUGGGUGUGUCUGAGCAGAGACAGGGUGAAUGGAAGCUAAACAAACAUGGACGCCAUUUCUGGUCAUAACAACCCAAGACUCUCGUUUUACCACUGAUAGGAUUCCUUAUUCUGCUUUUCCAUAGAACAAUGCAUACCCAGAUUAUACUAUUAUUGCUUGUGGAAGGGAGGCUAUCUGCAGGCGUGCGCUAUGAAUCCCGACCAUGCUAAUAAGUUAUAGCAGAGACAAGAGCGCACAUCCGCCUAUAACCAAUAAUGUCUUUGCAGAGCGAACAUAUCUCCUCUACACGAUCGUCUGCGCUAAUGCACAGGGGCCCUUCGUCGGUG